UUACGUUGGCCACCAGCUUGAAGUUUGUAAAGCAGUAGAAAGAUGGACCUCAGGCGCUCACAGCUUCACUUCAUCCUGCUAUUGUUCACAUACUACUGCUCCACCCACAUCACUGCCAAAGGCGGCAAUGGAAUCACAGUCCAGUGCCUCCCUGACCAAGCUGCAUCUCUCCUUCAGCUGAAGCACGCCUUCCACAACCCCAACCUCUCGUCAUGGCAGCAUGGCACAGAUUGUUGCCACUGGGAGGGUGUUGGUUGCGACAUGGCCUCUGGUCAGGUGAUCACUUUGGAUCUCAGUGAUCGUAACCUGCGGAGCAUCAAUGGUCUCAGCGCAGCACUAUUCCACCUCACCUCUCUCAGAAAUCUCAGCCUCUCGGAUAACGACUUUAACCAAGCCAUCCUUCCUAGUUUCGGGUUUGAGCGGCUGACUGAGCUACUCAGUCUUGAGUUGUCUGGUACAGGAUUGGCUGGUCAGAUACCUAUUGGAAUUGCCUGCCUCGUGAAAUUGCUUACGCUAGAUUUCUCUGGGAAUAGUAAAUGGGAGUUAGGAUGGGAAGAGGAAGGGGAAUUAAGAGGUCCAACUCCCUUCAAUCUCUUCCCUGGGAGGACCAGAAUUCCCACCGAUAAUUACUACCACACACCAAACAUGGGAAUGGGACUAAUAAUCUACUUCCCAAGUCUAAUUUCUUCACAAAUUCCCCCUCGUAAAUUCCCAUGCCCAAUCCCUCAAGCUGCCAAACACGCUGUCAGUAAUGUCAGUUUAUCUGGGGCAAUACCAUCGCGGAUUGAAAACUUAACCAAGCUUACAUUUUUGGACUUAUCAUAUAAUAGGCUGAGCGGUAAAAUCCCAAAGGCUCUGUUCACUCUUCCGUCGUUGCAAGAAGUAGUACUAUCAUCACAUGAACUUUGUGGAACUCUAGAAGACAUUCCAGACCCAAUAUCUUCCUUCCUGCACGACAUCGACCUAAGCAAUAACAACCUUGCAGGUCAUAUACCCAAAUCAUUCUUUGAACUUUCGAGACUUCAAGUUCUCUUGCUUGACUCGAAUCACUUCGAAGGCACAGUAGAACUUAGCCUUCUUUGGAAGCUAAAGGCACUGGAUUCAUUGUCGCUCUCCAAUAAUAUGUUAUCAGUCAUAGAUGUUGAGGAUGGAUAUCCAUUUUCUUACCCCCAUAACAUCAGAAAACUAGAACUAGCAUGUUGCAACCUUACAAAAAUUCCAAUUGCAUUGAGAACAAAAGCUAGAUGUACACUUAUUCGCGGACGGAGGGAGUACUACCUUAAUUUGUCCAGGAAUAAAUUAAGUGGUCACAUACCAAGGUCGAUUUGUACCCAACAGGAACUUGAGGUCCUGGACUUAUCAUAUAACAAUUUUGGAGGCAGGGUGCCGUCCUGUCUAAUACAAAGUAGCAGCAUCUCGAUAUUGAAGUUGACAGACAAUCAUUUCCGUGGGAAAUUGCCUGGAAAUAUUGUAGAAGGAUGUAUGCUUCAGAUAAUAGAUUUAAACAGCAACCGAGUUGAAGGGAAAAUACCCAGAUCACUAUCGAAUUGCAGAAGUUUAGAGGUUCUUGACAUUGGUAGAAAUCAAAUUCUUGAUACUUUUCCAUCUUGGUUGGGUAAGAUGUCUAAUCUUCGGAUUCUUAUCUUGAGAUCCAAUCAAUUGUAUGGCUCAAUAGGAGGCCCUGCUGAAAGUGAUGCAACCAGUAAGCAUUUCUCGAGUUUGCAAAUUGUUGAUUUGACCUCAAAUAAUUUUUCUGGGAGCUUAAGUUUGAAAUGGUUUGACAAGCUAGAGACAAUGAUGGUAAACUCUACUGGUGAGGGCUAUGCUCUUGGCCUUCGAGGAUUGUACUACCAGGAAAUUCUCACAUUUAAAGGGGUUGAUCUUACAUUUACCAAGAUCCUGACCACUUUCAAGAUGAUUGAUUUCUCAAACAACGCAUUUGAUGGCCCCGUCCCAAACUCAGUUGGGAAGCUUAUUGCUCUGCAUGGCCUGAAUAUGUCAAAUAAUGCCUUCACGGGGAGAAUCCCAUCACAGCUUGGUGACUUGGUACAGCUUGAGUCACUGGACCUCUCUCGGAACAAGCUCUCAUGGGAGAUCCCACAGGAUCUAACCAGCCUAACAUAUCUUGCAGUGCUGAAUCUCUCCUCUAACAAUUUGACUGGAAUGAUACCAGAAGGGCAGCAGUUUUCGUCAUUCACCAACAGCUCGUUCGAAGGCAAUGAAGGGCUUUCUGGAAGGCCAUUAUCCAAACAGUGCAACAGUUCAGGUACGGGAACCCUCGACUCAUCAGUGUCUUCACAAGACAGUGUUGGAACCAUAGUGCUGUUUGUGCUUGUGGGAUCCGGUUUUGGAGUUGGAUUUGCGGUGGCAGUUGUGUUGUCAGUGAUUUUCCAGGCCAAACGCUGGAACUGCAAUCGUUUUCGUUCUACCAGUAAAUGAUCUAUGGCCUGGGGUGUGUCAGUGUGUUUGUGUAUCAUAUAUCUCAUUCAUAUGAGCUUGUACGGACCUACUUGUAUAAGGUUAAUGCGUCUUUUCUCCUUUUCGUAUAUGAUUGUAAAGUAAGGGAACAUAAUCAUAGUAUGAGCUUGUACGAACCUGCUUCUUAAGGUUAAUCAAGGCAGC